AAAUGUGCACAUCCAAUCCUCCAAAUACGAACAGCUGGAAAAGGAAAUGCGUGUCCUCACAGAGGAGUUACAGCUCAUGAGAAGCAAAUAUGAGUCACAGACAGAAGAAAUUGCAAAGCUGACUCAUAAACUAUACAGCAUAAAACUUCAGACAAAGAAAUACAAAGAAAUCUCUAAGGUUUCUGCUGCCUCAGAGAAUCUGCACAUUGGCAAAUGUGAACAGCUGGAAGAAGAAAAUAAAUUCCUCAAAGAGCAGUUACAGUCCCUGCAAAGCAAAAAGGAUUCACUGGCUGAGGAGAAUACAAAGUUGAAGGAAGACCAAAAACAUCUUACUGAGAGUUGCAAGUGUAUCAUAGCUAUGACAGAACAGUACAGAAUAUUCCUCACACAAAAAACGGAAAGCGAAAUAAGUGAACAAGAAGAAAAAGUGUCCAACUUUAUACAGGAGCAAACCAGAGCUCGAGCAUAUCAAGACUCUGUUUGGACAUCGACAGUGCAAGCACAACAAUCUAAAAUCUCCCAGCUAUCAAGUAAACUCCUGGAGUAAGUUUAGAGUCACAGAAAAUAAACAAAACUUAUUAAGUAGACUGUAAAACAUAGUGUUAUGCCUAGAUUUCCGGUCCCCAAA